UUGGGAUUAUAAAUUCCAAAAAGGCCGCUCAACUCCCAGAGCAGGAUCCCUGAAAAUCUACUCUUGACAACGGCUGUGGCUACUACCAUUCUUAGGACCCUCACCAUGAAAGGCCUUCUUCUACUCACCCUGUCUGCUCUUUUCUGCUGGGUCUCAGCUGAUAUUCGCUGUCACUCCUGCUACAAAGUCCCUGUGCUGGGCUGUGUGGACCGGCAGUCCUGCCGCCUGGAGCCAGGACAUCAGUGCCUAACAACAAAUGUGUACCUCGGGAAGAUGUGGGUUUUCUCCAACCUGCGCUGUGGCACACCAGAAGAGCCCUGUCGGGAGGCCUUCAACCAAACCAACCACAAGCUGGGCCUGAACUACAACACCACCUGCUGCAGCAAGGACAACUGCAAUAGCCCAGCCCCCCGGCCCACUCCCACCCUGACCCUGGUUUUCCUCACUUCCUUGGCUGGCCUUGGACUCUGGCUGCUGCACUGAGUCUCACGCUGUGGCUGUCCUUCCUCCCAUCUGCCUUAGCCAGAGCCUCUCUCCUUAUGGCUCUACAUCCCCUGGUUUCUCAGAAUGAUCUCUCCCUGGCUCCCCUUCAUCUGAAGAACAUUUCCCCAGUCCCUUCUCAUUGCUUUAAGGAGACAGUGCCCAGAGUGGUCUCCCUAUACAUUUUUCCCACCUUGCGAGACCUCUGUUCUGUUUUUCUGAAUCCAUUCCCUUUUCCCUUUAGACCACUCUAGAUCUUCCACUGGUUCAUGAAGGGCUUCCACUUUGUCUCCUGCACUCUGAUGUGCCCUCCUUGAGGAGGGAUUGGGAUCUGAGUCUGGCUUGGGGCUUCUGUCCUGUAUCCAAUGAAAGCCCCAGGAAGGACCUGAUGACCUCUCUUUAUGGGACUGAUUCGCCAAACCCUUUACUCACCUUUUUCAUUUUGAGUAAUAAAUGUCUGUGUCU